GGUCUGUAUCUGGUGUGGAUGUGGAUCCUGAUCUGGUGCACAUGGAGAUGCAAGAUACAAGUGGAGGCUACUUGUAUGUCACCUGCCUCAUUCAGAACUGCUCGGACAAAAUGGUGACAGCACAGUUCCUUGGAAAAAUUGAUCACAACUCACUGCUGGUGCAGGAUGACUACGUAUUUGUCAAGGUCACCACAGGCAAUCGGACCAAGCACUAUGUGUCCUACCGACGGAAUGAAUUUGUCCAGAUGAGGUUUCCUAAGUAUGCCUUACCAAAGGAUGUUCAGAUAGUGAGCACAGAUGAGAACCAGGUCUUCCUCGCCCUCCAGGAGUGGUACCAGUCAGACACAUACAACCUGUACCAGUCAGAUCCCGAAGGCAUCUACUACUCCAUCGUCCUGGAAAAUGUUCGCAGCACCAAGCAGCCAGAGGAGAAUGUUCUCAUUGACAUUCUGGAGGUACGUGGAAUCAAAGGAGUCUUCUUGGCAAACCAGAAAAUUGAUGGAAGAGUGGCAACUGUAAUAACUUACAACAAAGGACGUGACUGGGAACCCUUGGCCCCACCUACCACUGACAUGAAUGGCAAACCUGUCAGUUGCAAAGCGCCGGACUGUCACCUCCACCUCCACUUGCGCUGGGCAGACAACCCCUAUGUGUCUGGGACUGUCCACACCAAAGACUCUGCUCCCGGUCUUAUUAUGGGUGCUGGUAACCUGGGCUCCAAGCUAGUAGAGUAUAAGGAAGAAAUGUAUAUCUCUUCAGACUGCGGAAAGACGUGGAGACAGGUGUUUGAGGAGGAGCAUCAUAUCCUGUAUCUGGACCACGGUGGUGUCAUCGUUGCCAUCAAAGAUACCUCGAUUCCCCUCAAGAUACUCAAGUUCAGUAUUGAUGAAGGACGGACGUGGAACAUUCACAACUUUACAAGCACCUCCGUGUUCGUCGAUGGACUUCUGAGUGAGCCAGGAGAUGAGACCCUGGUCAUGACUGUGUUUGGCCACAUCAGCUAUAGGUCAGACUGGGAGCUGGUGAAAGUGGACUUUAGGCAGUCUUUUCCCCGUCAGUGCACUGAGUCUGAUUAUGACUCCUGGCAGUUCACAGAUCAGAAGGAGGAAAAGUGCAUUAUGGGCCAGGAGCGGACGUUCAGGAAGAGGAAGGACACUGCAUUCUGCAUAAAAGGAAAAAGCUACACAUCAGCUCUGACCAACAAACCCUGCCAGUGUACUGAGAAAGACUACAACUGUGAUUAUGGAUUCGAGCAAUCACACAUGGAAACUGACCGCUGCAUUGCUGACUUCUGGUAUGAUCCAGAUUCACCACCUGAAGACUGCCACCUAGGACAGACCUACAUGUCCAGCACUGGCUACAGGAAGAUGAUAUCUAACUCAUGUGAAGGGGAGCCAAACAAGCAGCAGAGCUCUAAAAAGCACAGCUGCCCCCUGCUCGCGCCUAAAGGAUUACGAGUUGGCAUAAAAGGGCAGAUGCUGGCUGUGGCACCUGGGGAUGACAUCACAUUCACUGUCCACCAGGAGCAGGGUGACACCAGCAGCACCAAGUAUCAGGUGGAUCUUGGUGAUGGGGUACGGACAAUUUACCAGAACCUGACUGUGACUGAUGAACCCAUCCAGCACCGUUAUGAAAAUCCAGGCAUUUACAAGGUCAAAGUGAAGGCUGAGAAUAUGGCUGGACACGAUGAGGCUACCAUGUACAUCCAGGUCACAGCCCCACUACAGGAAGUACACCUAGAAGUGGUUCCCAUUGCUGGGAGAAACCAUGAGGUCAAUCUCACUGCUACUGUCCUUCCCAGUGAGGCCAACCUGACUGUCUUUUACUGGUGGAUAGGAGACAGCAUGCAGCCCAUCCUGACUCUGCAGAACAACCUUCUGACUCGUUUCCCAGGAACAGGCAAAGUCUCAGUCACGGUACAGGCCACAAACAGCCGAUCCAUGGUGCAGGACACAAGAACUGUCCGAGUUUACGAUAACUUCCAAGUCAUCCCUCUGAGCUUCAGCAGAAACCUAGACAGAUUCAAUCCAAAUAUCCCAGAGUGGAGAGAUGACAUUGGCCAGGUGGUCACCAAAAUACUGGCUAAGAUUACAGGUGUACCUCAGAAUUCCCUAGUUACUGUGGUCAAACCAGGUCUCCCCACCUCUGCCAACCUGUAUGUUCUCCCACUGGACACCAAACCAGCCAAGAGAAGCUUGUUUGUAGAUAAGCGUAUUCCAGCCAUCAUUCAGGUCUUCAACGACAACAACGUCAGCUUUGUGAUACGAGGAGGCCUACAGGUGCUCGUGAUGCUAGCUGACCCAAAUGCAGAACUAGGUUAUAUUACUAAAGACUCAACAGUUACAGAGGCAGAGAAUGGCUACCAUGGAGCAGCUGGAAGUGCCGGUGUUUGGACUCUAGCUGUCAUUUUCCUCAUUGGUCUUAUUGCUACUGGCGCCUUUAUCCUCUAUAAGUUCAAAAGUCCUUGGCUUAGGCCUGAGGAUGCAUAUCCCCCAUUGUUUUUCAGGAAGCUUCCAUGCACCCACAACUACGCCCAGAUGCACAGUGUAAAGGAGCAGGAGAUGAUCAGCCCUGUCAAUCACAGUGAGGACACCCAGCAAAUCAUCCAGGGUGAGGAGUACAUCGAUGACGACCUGGACUCACAGACUCUAGGUAACGCAGGAGGUAGCCCCGCCUUCCGUUCCCUAAUAAGGACUACUACUAACCACUGCUACUAAACCCAAGCCACUAACACCAGCAGCUAACACACACCAAGGCACUCAUUCGGGUGUGGUCCUAAACAUGAACUGCAGAGAGCUACACAGUUAGCAGACCAGCUGAUGGCCACCAUGGCAAUGCUGAAGAGCUAGUUGAGGCGAGCCGAGCUGGCUAAUGAGCACAGGGACUCCACUCUGCCUUUUUCCUUCUCUCGUCUUUAGAUUUUCCCUCUCCUCCUCCUCUGUCAGGUCACUUCACUCUUCCAUGGACUCUUCCACUCUCCUGCUUCUGGGUAUUGUGUUAAUUAUUUUGGGGAAGUGGCUGACCAUGGUGUUGGGACUCUAUUCAGUAAUCACCCCUUUUUUUGUGCCAGCCCUGGAGACCCUGGACACAAGGGCCAGUGGCUCAGUUUGAAGGCUCAUCUGUACACUGUCUGUCUGAUAACACAGGUACAAUCGGCAAGCAUGUCUCACAAGACUGGUUUCCACUGAUACUGACAGUCAGAGAGAUAGUUGAAACCACCAGAGACUAGUGUGCUAAAAUGAUUUGUGAGCACUAAACGUAGUUUGCAUUGUUCCCCUCCAUUAUUGUUGCACCCCCCCCCCCCACACACACACACAGUUAUCAUUCUGCUCCUCUCGUCAAUGGCAAUAAUAAUCUCAAUGGAAUGUAGGAUGUGAUAUAAACCCUUGUGAAUUUGCAUGUGAUGGGUGUACACAUGCAAACACAAGAGGGCAGUGUUGCACUUUUUGAAAUCUCCACUGACAAGUACUCUUACAGCUCAGCUUCUUUGGAAUAUACUGUAUGUACACACAGCUUUGUUUACUUAACAAAAAGAAAAAGAAAAAAAACAUUCAUCUCCAAGUGUUCCUGUUUAAAAGUAACAAAAUUUACAGAUGUGUGGUCUGUGAUGUUUCUGAUCAGUUUCACCUUUGUCUGUCCCAUGGUGCCUGAAACAGCAGACGCAGAUCUGCUCAGUGACAUUUCCUGUUAUUUAGUAAUUUCUGGAAACAGUAUAGCCCUUUCUCCUUGUCCUCAUCCCCGUCCUAACACUUUCUGGGUCAGAGCAGACCCCCUGGAGACAAAGGUUGCCGUCAUUGGAGGGAAGCUGUAGUUGAUAUAUUUUAUUGUAUCAGCCUAUAUUAGGCAAAGCUUGUGGUGGAAUCACGUCUCCUUAAAAGUUUGGUUCAUUUUAAAUGUGUAAAUAUGAUCGGUGAUUUACGCUUUGUAAAUAUCCCUUUGUGUGUGUGUUUUACACUAAUACCAAAAUACAUCACUUUUUUUACCCCUCUUUUUCUGGAGUUUCCUGCCACAGAGUUUCCCAGGUUUGAACAACAUCUCACUGUUUCCACUUUCCUCAGCAUCAUUGCCUGCUUUACAUUUUUGGGUAUUUUCAUUAUAAUGUCAUGAGUAGGAAUAUUUCACUGUCUUUAUUGUUAACUGGAAAAAAAUUUCUUGUCUUAUGAAGAUGCUCACAGUUACACAGUGACAGCAAUGUAGAUGGAUAUUUUUGAUAUACUGUCAGGUUUUCUUUUCCAGCCCAUGUAAAACACAAAUGAGUGUUUCUGUUACCUUUUGACAGUCAUUUUAUGUUUUUUUAAUUGAACUAAUGUGAGCAGUUGCUGUCACAAUGCACCAGACAGCAGCUGAACAAGUCUACAGAUGUGUCAAGAGGUCUUGUCACCACCCUUUGGUCCAUCUUGUAUUCGAUGCAGCAGAUCGUGUUCACUCCUCCUGGUUUGAUUCAUCUUUUGUACAUAUUCUGCUCAUAUUUUUGUUUAGUUUUCUAGUGAUGUGUCAUCUUUGUAUCAAUGUCCCCUUAAACACAGGGGAAAAUGGGAGUUAUGAUGUUCCAGUGUAGUAGUCAAGGAGUUUCACAUAUGGUACACAGCAUAUGUGAAACAGCAGUGUAAUUAUAACCACGACUCUAUCCUUUCAUUUUUCUCUGUUCUGUUCGAUCUUUUGGUUUUGCAAUUAAAAUCAACUGUGUUCUUUUCAGGAAGCAUAGUGCACUCAACCUGCAUCAUGGAAUAAAUCACUCCCAUAACGUG